UUCCUUGUUUAAGACCUGCUCGGAGCAACUGCUGAACUGUAGCCGACAUGAGUGCCUGGAUCUGAGCAUUAAAGCUUCACUAAGACCAUCAGGCUUUUCUCCUUCAGCAUUUCUUCAACUUAAACGUGUCCCAACAUGGCAGCAACCAGCUGUCUGCUGUCUGAGGAGCAGUUUCUGUGCUGCAUCUGUCUGGAUGUUUUCACUGAUCCCGUCACUAUACCAUGUGGACAUAACUUCUGCAAAAACUGCAUUACACAACACUGGAAUGUUAACAGUGCUCGGUGCCAGUGUCCCAUGUGUAAAAAGCAUUUUACAGCGCGACCUGAACUGCAUGUCAACACUUUCAUUUCUGAGAUGGCUGCUGACUUUAAGCAGUCGGCUAGAAAGACAGGAGGUGACGGCUCAGAGAUACAAGUUGCCAAACCAGGAGAAAUCCCCUGUGACAUCUGUACUGGAACCAAACUCAAGGCUAAGAAGUCGUGCCUGACUUGUUUUGCCUCCUACUGCAUUAUUCACUUGGAUCCUCAUCAGACAUGUGAUCGUUUGAAAACACAUCUGCUAGCUGAUCCUGUGGAAAACAUGGAAGGAAGGGUGUGCACGAAGCACAGAAAACCCCUAGAGCUGUUCUGUAAGACUGACCAGACAUGUGUGUGCUCACACUGCACUGUUACAGAACAUGUGUCGCACAACAUUGUUUCUCUGAAGGUUGAAUAUGAAGGAAAGAAGGCUGAGCUGGAGCAGACAGAGGCUGACAUCCUGCAGAUGAUCCAGGAGAGACAACUUAGGUGUCAGAGGAUUAAACAGCUGAAAAUACACAGUAAGGAAGAUGCGGAGACAGAGAUUGCAAAUGGUGUUCGGAUCUUCACCGUUCUGAUGCAGACUGCAGAGAGAGGUCUGAACGAGCUCAUUGAGAUGAUUGAAGAGAAGCAGAAGAGAACAGAAGAAGAGGCAGACCGCUACAUCGCAGAACUGGAUCAAGAAGUCUCUGAACUGAUGAAGAGACAAGCUGAAGUGCAGCAACUCUCACGCACUGAGGACCAUCUUCACCUCCUCCAAAACUUCACGAGCACAAGCACUGCCCUGCACACCACAGGUGCUGGGGUCACCAUCUGUCCGCCAUCAUAUGAGGGGACAGUGACAGAAGCUGUGGUUAAGCUGGAGGAGACACUCAGCAGAGAGAAAGAGCAGCUGCUUCAUGAGGCUACACUGAGGAGGGUCCAACAUUAUACAGUAGAUGUGUUUCUUGACCCUCACACAGCCAAUCCCUGGCUCAUCCUGUCUGAUGAUGAGAAGCAAGUUGGGUGUGCUGAGGUAAGGAGGGACCUGCCAGACAACAAAGAGAGAUUUUCUCUUUAUAACAACGUGUUAGCACAGCAGAGUUUCUCUUCUGGAAGAUUUUACUACGAGGUUCAGGUUACAGGGAAGACAGAUUGGACUCUGGGAGUAGCCAAAGAGUCAGUGAACAGGAAGGGAAUAAUCCCACUAAGUCCUGUCAAUGGUUACUGGGCUGUCGGUUUGAGGAAUGGAAAUGAGUAUCUGAGUCUGACUAGCCCUGUUGUCAGCCUCAGUCUGAGCUUCAGGCCACAGAGGGUGGGAGUGUUUGUGAGUUAUGAAGAGGGACUGGUCUCUUUUUACGAUGUAGAUGAAGCAGUCCAUCUCUACUCCUUCACUGACUGCUGCUUCACCGAGAAACUCUUCCCUUUCUUCAGUCCUGGUCUUAAUCAUGGUGGUGUGAACUCUGCUCCUCUGAUAAUCUUGCCUGUCAACCACGCUGAUUAGAGUUUUCUGUGAAGUGGUUUUUGUCAUUUUAAAAGAAGAAAUCAAAGCAUUAACCCCCCAGUUGUUGCUUGCAUUUAUCAUUCCUUCUGUUCUUGCUGUGUGCUAAGGGAACCCUUGCAUGCUUCCAAUGUAAAUAGUGUAAUCUCAUUAAAUCAAGAGCAGAUCCUCCAGAGUUACUUUUUUGUGUUGUUACGCUUCCACAGGAGCUUGGGACAGAAACAGCAGGGAAAACAAACAGAAAAAUGGUUUCACUUUGGAUGAUAUCCUUCUGAUUUGCCAGAGACUAGAGAAGCUUCCUAUUUUUGCUAUAACUCGUCAUUUUGAAGUAGAUUUUAAUUGCACUGUAAAAGGUACAGAGUAAUGAUACCACCAGUAAAUAUGUUCCUAUGAUCGUCAGUUAUAAUGCAAUUCUGUCUGACAUGAGUCCAAAACAUGCUGGGAAAUUUGCUUUAUGACACAGUGUACCAAUACAAAACCAAAUCAGGAAAAAGAUGGCCCUUUUGUUUUUCUGGGUAGCUAUUGGUACCAUUUCUCCAGGUACCUAAAAUGAGAGGCGGCAUACCUGCCCUUUUAUUGGAGUAGACAGGGAGUUUAGUUUGUGGCUGCCAGCUGUUUAUAUUAAUUCUCCCUCUGAGCUUAUACAUUUAUGCUCAGCACAACACAAAAGAGGGUCCCGGUGAUACGGUGGUUAGCACUGUCGCCUCAAAGAUAAAAGGUACGGGGUUCGUUUCCCAGUCUGGGAUCUUUCUGCAUGGAGUUUACAUGUUCUUCCUGUGCAUGUGUGGAUUUUCUCUGGGUACUCUGGCUUCCUCCAACAGUCCAAAAACAUGCUGAGGUUAAUUGGUAGCACUAAAUUGUCCGUAGGUAUGAAUGUGAAUGUGCUUGUUUGUCUCCAUAUGUAGCCCUGUGACAGACUGGUGAUCUGUCCAGGGUGUCUCCUGCCUUCACAAAGACAGCUGGGACAGACUCCAGCCCCUCGUGACCUGAUAGAGGAUGAAACAAUGUAUUGAUAAUGAAUGAAUGGACAACACAAUGGUAAAUUCAUUAAUUACUUGUAAUUAUUAAUUAUUCCCGACAUGGAGACAGAUCGUUCAGGAUAAAAUCUGUAUCACAACAGUUCAUAUAGUAGUUGUUGCUUUUAAAAAAAUUACACCUAGAAUGUCCAGAAAAUGGAACACAUUGUUUUGUUGUGUUUGCAACCUCCCCGCUCUCAUGUUUGGUCGCUCAAAAAUAAAUUGCUGGUUUAAUUUUUCACCCUGCUGCUCACAUGUAUAGGUGUCCUCUGAAAUACUGUCAUCACUUUUUUUUAUACUUUUGAGGAGAAUAUUCUCUUUGUACAUUUACACAGUGCAGGAGAAGAUCCAAAGAUAAGACUAAUGACUCAUACUGUUGUGAGCUGAAAUGCGUCAAAAGAUGAUUAAUCUGUAUAAUUGAUGCAUUUGCUUGUUGUCGUUCUAAGAUGUUGCAGAUGCACUGCAUGUUGAACUUGCUAUAUAUUCCAUUCACUGACAGUGUAUUUUAAAUUGUACCAACAGUGUGUUUGAAUCGGUAGGUUUACAUCUUAUAUCACUUAAAUGUGCUUUAUUUUUUUAAUGUAAUUACAACAUUAUACAGAAUAGACUACUACAGUAUGAUUCAGCUGAAGCAGGCUUCUCCUAAAUACCUUUAAUCAACAAAGUGUCUUCAAAGUCAUUCAAUAGUAACUGAAACAAAAAAAGAACAGCACAGGGUCACACUUGUUAAAGUUAAAGACUAAAUGAAAUCUUUCACACAAUCUUUCAUUAUAUUUUAUCGUGCAGAGUUCUGCAUCAAAGUUGCAUUGUCAAACUAUGUCUCAUCUGUUAUUUAUAAUGUAUUAUUUUAUUUUUUUCAUUUUCAUGGGCUGUACGUAUUAGUAUGCAAAAUAAUUGUAUCGUGUAGCAUAGUGCAUAUACUCUGUUCUGUGAAGUUUGAACCAUUACUUAUUAUUUCCGUGUUUCGAUUUUUUUUAUACUUUCUCUGUAAAACUUUAACACUGUUAUUGUUAACACUGUUCUUUCAGCGUUCUAUCAAUAUUCAAUCAAUGAAGUAAACUGGAAAGUGCUGAUAGGGAGUAUCUUACAAAUAAGAUUCCCAGAGUUAGAGGACACAUUUGCAACCUGAUGCAGUAAAAGUUUGAACUGUCAUGUAAUCCAGAUGACAUGAUAAUCCUUUUUUUUAUAUUAGCCAUUACAUUGAGGAAAAUUGUAUGAUAAAAUUAUGUUUUAAUAUGUAUCUCAGCAUAAAAUUGUCUUUUAAUUGUGUCAGUGAGAUUGUCUAGAAUCUGUCAAUAUCACAACCAUGGCGGUGGGAUGAUGUAUGACUUAGAAAUGAGGAAAAAUAUGUUGUUCGUGCCAAAUAGAAAUAAAUAUCUUUUUUCCGUUUUGCA